AUGGAACUUCCCAAGGGAUACAAGUCAUCCAAUCCUUCAUUGGUAUGCAAAUUGAACAAAUCAUUAUGUGGCCUAAAACAAGCCUCUAGACAUGAUUACUCCCUUUUUACCAUUGGCUCAGGCAAUUCCUUAGUCAUUUUACUAGUAUAUGUAGAUGACAUCAUCCUGUCAGGGCCUAAUAUUGCCUCCGUACAAGCUAUUCAGACCAAAUUACAGUCUUUGUUUCAAUUGAAGAUCCUUGGCUCUUUGAAAUAUUUUCCUGGCUUAGAAAUAGCCAAAUCCAGUAAAGGUAUCUCACUAUCCCAGCGAAAGUAUGCUCUAUCUCUUUUGGAAGAUACAGGUUUCUUGGCCUGCAAACCUUCCAAUUUACCAAUGGAUCCCAAUCUGAAACUCAAUCUUCUUGAUGGAGACUUACUCCCUGAUCCAUCAAUGUACAAAAGAUUAAUUGGUAGAUUGCUUUAUUUGACCAUCUCACGGCCUGAUAUCACCUUUGCUGUGAAUCGCUUAAGUCAGUUUAUGAAAGCACCUAGAGUUCCUCACCUACAUGUUGUUCAUCAUCUUCUGCAAUAUAUCAAAUCUGCUCCUGGACAAGGUUUGUUUUUCCCUGCUCAGAACUCUCUCAACCUCACUGCCUUUGCGGAUGCUGAUUGGGCCAGUUGUGUUGAUACCAGAAGAUCCACUUCUGACUUUUGUGUCUUUUUGGGAAACAACCUUCUUUCUUGGCAUUCUAAGAAACAACCCACUAUUUCAAAAUCAUCCACUGAAGCUGAAUAUCGUGUCUUGUCUUCUGUUACUAGUGAAAUUGUUUGGUUAAGCAAGUUACUUCUUCACUUUGAAGUUGAUGUGCCCUCUGUUAUGUUAUUUUGUGAUAACAAAUCUGCUAUAAGUCUUGCUUCAAACCCUGCUCAUCAUGAACGAUCCAAGCACAUUGACAUUGAUCAUCAUUUCAUUAGAGAAUAUGUUCAGUCCAAAGUAGUCAAGCUUGUCCAUGUCAAGAGCCAACACCAGGUUGCAGAUGUUUUUACAAAAGCACUUCCAAGCCCGAUUUUUGGUAAAUUCAUUGCCAAGUUGGGAAUGAUUAACAUCUAUUCGCCAACUUGA